AUGAAGGGUACAGAGAGGGAGAUCCCUGAUGCACACUUCUCCGUGGACAAACAGAACAUCUCCCUCUGGCCCCAAGAGCCUCCUCCCAAGUCGGGUCUGUGUGUGGUCCUGAGGAAAGCUCCUGCAAUUGGUGCUGCAUUAGUCUGCCUGACGCUGGUCCUGGUCGCCUCCCUCAUGCUGCAGGGCAUCCUCUAUCCCUGGUUUAUGGGCACAAUAUCAGAUGUAAAGACCAACGCCCAGUUGCUGAAAGGUCGCGUGGACAACAUCAGUGCGCUGGGUUCUGAAAUUAAGAAGAACAGCGGCAGUGUGGAGGCAGCUGGCCUGCAGUUCCACGUGGUGAAUGCCAGCCUGAGUCACGUGCGUUCUCAGAUCCUAAAGUUGCAAACCAGUGUGGAGAAGGCCAACGCACAGAUCCAGAUCUUAACAAGAAAUUGGGAAGAAGUUGAUACUUUAAAUGCUCAAAUUCCAGAGUUAAAAAGAGAUUUGGACAAAGCCAGUACUUUAAAUGCAAAAGUCCGGGGCCUCCAGAGCAGUUUGGAGAAUACCAGCAAGUUGCUCAAACAACAAAGUGACAUUCUCCAGAUGGUUUCUCAAGGCUGGAAGUACUUCAAGGGGAACUUCUAUUACUUUUCUCCUGUCCCAAAGACCUGGUACAGUGCUGAGCAGUUCUGUGUGUCUAGGAAUUCGCACCUGACCUCAGUGACUUCAGAGAGUGAGCAGGGGUUUCUGUCUAAGUCAGCAGCAGAAGUUGUCCACUGGAUUGGCCUGACCAAAGCAGGGACUGAAGGGGGCUGGCACUGGAUUGAUGACACCCCAUUCAACAAGGCCCAGAGUAUGAGGUACUGGAUUCCAGGCGAGCCCAAUAAUGCUGGGAACAAUGAACACUGUGUCAACAUAAGGGUGCUUUCACUUCAGUCUUGGAAUGAUAGCUCCUGUGACAAUAAGUACUUUUUCAUCUGUAAGCGACCCUAUGUCCCAUCAGAACCAUGACAGGACUGGCCCCAAACUCAGCUUCUGAGUCCAAUGUUUGUUGAACUUGAGGAAAUGCCUUUUUCUCCUCCAUUACCAGCAUGACUUUGCACCUUAAUUGUUCUUGCUUCAAAAUUGUUCCAGUCUUGGCUGGCAAUUCUCCAACUCCACAGACGCAGCUGGAAUAAAAAGGAGAAUUUGGGGUAAAAUGGGAAGGGGUUGGGGAAAGCAUUUAGAAGUUCCAAAUGCCUUGGUAAGGAGGACAAGGACUGUAAUCUGAGGCAAAGCCUUGGGCUUUUCCACUCCUUCAGAAAAGCUUCGUUUUAUCACAUAGACCUGCAUUUUUCAACUUUUUUUAUCCCAUGGUACACUUGAACCUACAGAUAAACUUUGCAGCACACUUAAAUUAUG